AUGGCUUUGCGUUACUUGUUCUUUGUUCUUACUGUCGCAGUUUGUUGUGCCUGCAAUUGCCAGACAGCUGUAGAAGCUGAAAGUCUCCCUCAGCCUUCUGGUCAUGAUAAUAAUCAUGGAAAGCCAUUAACGCUGGAUAGUGCUUUGGAAGAAACACCAUGUGAUAAAACAGCAACUGGUGGAGAGGCGGCAGCAUGUAAAGCAGUUGUCAAGGCGACGUUGCCCCUAGAAACAGUUCAAGGUGAAGAAACAAACAGACACACUGGUAUGAGUGCAGAUCUGCAAAACAACCUAAUACAACCUGAAAAUGCUAAGAGGACUACUGCUGUGCCUAACGAACUUGGUAGUGCUGGUAGUUCGUCGACUGAAGGUACGAAGGCUAAAGCUCAACUUGAGGGCCAUCCACCAGGGGAAAGUGAGGAUAGUGCGCACCGUGGGGUACCCAGAGAAGGCAUAGAACAGCCAGCUGAGAAUAAUGUUAACAAUCAAUCAGAGCGUCGACCAAAUACAGUUGCCCCUGGUACUCCACAAACUCCCAGUGAUACGGACCGAGUAAAAUCGCCUGAAGAAACACUAAGUUCUCACGAAGAAAGUGAUAAACGUGGUGCGAAUGAUGCUCAGAGAAAUACACAACCUCCAGAAGCUCCAGUCACAGAACCAUCUCCCCCUUCUACUUCCUCUGAAAAUGAUGGAACUCAGGGCGUUAAUUCUGCAGAAACAACACCAACUAACCCAGCGAACACGAACUCUGAC